UUACCGCGCGAUUUUCAUAACUGUUUACAACAUUUUAUAACCUCAAAAGUGAUUUUUGCAAGCAGUGACAAGUCGUAGUGUCAUUUGGAAUUUAUUUGUAAAUAUAAAAAAAAACUCACCAACAAUAGGAUGAUACACACUUGAAUAAUAAAAUGGAAAGAAUGGAAGUUGAGGACUCUCCCUCAGGUUCAUCACCGGAAAAUCAGCAGACAACACAUAUUGAAACGUACUGGCGUGCUAUCAAUACUCCAGUUCAUUCAAUAUUCAAGUAUGUCGAAGAAUCCGGGACAGAAGAUAGUUUGUUAAAAUUCCUGGAGUCUCUGAUAAUCAGCAGUGAUACACCGAUGAAUAUCUUGAUACCUCCAAUUCUGAGGUCAACGGCAAGUAGAGAUAAUAAUAAUCCUAAUAAUGUCGAUGAACAAAUAGAAUUAAAUCAUAAAAAUUAUAAUUUAUUUACCAUUUGGAUAUUCGGUAUGCUAUUUUACACCUCCAGUGUACCAAAGUUCAGCAAGAAAAUGAUUGACAGUGGUGAAAAUGUCCAAAUAAAAUUUUUAAAGCCAUUGUAUUGGCUUUAUUAUCGAGGAUUUAAUUUAAUUUACUCACGGUAUAUCCAAGUACUUGAUUAUUUAUUACCUCACGUCGACGACAAUAACGAGCCUGAUGGAGACGACAAAAACUUUAAUUUGACUGUCAGUAAGUUUAAAGUUGAAAGCAAUAUUUCAGCAGAACUGGAUCUUACAACACCACCAAUGGUCAUUAAUUCACGUGAUAGAGUACAUCCUAUAAUGAUUUCAGUCUUGAAAAUUUUUGUUAAUUCGGAAAUUUUCGAUGACUAUACUGACUACAAAAAAACACUUUGGUUCCGUACAAUCAAAAUUUUAAAAAACUUAGAUCCUGAAGCUAAAAUUCUCGCUCUUGAAUUAAUGUCUAAGAUAAUUGAAUUUACAGAUUGCGACCAGCAAAUUAAAUUAUUUUUAAUUUAUAUUCAAGAAAUAUUUGAAUCAGCCCACGACUGGCAGUCGUAUACCUGGAACAAACAAGUCAUUGAUAAACUUAAUCAAGUAUUAGCCAAAAUAAUUGACAAGAUAACUAUCAAUAGAAAGGAAAUGUUAAAUCUCUGUUUGAAUAUUUUAUCCAGCUGUGAAGACCAACAAUUAUUACUUAUAGCAUGCAAAAAAAUCGUCAAUUAUCUUGAGGAAUAUCCUACGUCUUUAGAAAAAAAUCGAUUUCCAGACGAAAUUCACCAACGACUAUUGGUAGCAUUCAAGCGAUUUGAUAAUGAUGAAAUUUUUCGUGUAAUUGCUCACAUGAUUUUUACUGAUAUGUCUAUAUUUAUAAAUGGUACAAGUAAGAACAACAACAGUAAAGUACUCUUGGUUGCCAAGUCAAGUUUAAUAUGGCGAAAAUUGUUGGAUUUUGUCAACAAUCAGCAAGAAGAAUCUUUCGAUUAUGUUAAAUAUAUUUCUAGACUAUUUAAAAUUGCACGUUUAUUGUCGGAUUGGCUGCGAGAAAAUACUGAUUUACAUGGAAAAUUUUUUCCAGAUUAUCAGCAAUUGUGUCAGACACUUGCAUGUCAUUUAGAAACAGCAGCUGAAGGUGCAAAUAUCGACGUUGUCCAGAUGAUUUAUCAUUGUUUUAUGGAUAUAAUGUCAUUCGUCGAGCCAAGUGGUACGAUUUCGUCGACACUAUUUCACAUUCUACUGGUUCCCUUAUCAAUUGGGUCGUCAACGAAGCAGAAUGAUGAAGAACUGCCGUUUAAAAAUAGCGAUUUAGUUAUUGAAGUAUCAAAAAAUGUAAAUAUUGAAACUAAAAUAGCGUGCAUCAAUACUAUAUGCCAAUUCUAUCACGGUAAUCAAAAUAAUCAUUUGCAUUAUUUGAGCCCGCUUAUUACCGCAAUUGGAGCUUCAAGUCCAAAUGAGCAAGCUGAUCAAUUGGCCAUUGCUGUUAUUUUAAAUUCACUAUCACUUAUUUCAAAUGGCAUUCGUUUUUCUCAUGUAAAUAUGCACAUUUUGAAACCAGUGUACGUAGGAAGACAUCGUAUUUUGUUGGAAACGCUUGCCAAAGUAAUUGGACCAAUCGUUUGCUUAUUAUCAGGUAAAGCUAAAAUAAUUAAAAAUAAAUUUAAUUCCUCAGAAAGAAAAAUACACUGCAAUAUUUGUGAUGAUAAAAAUUAUUGCUACAAUAUAAAUAAUUUAAUAAAAAAAGAAGAUGAGAUCUUUUUACGCAUUUACCUAAAUUUAUUGAAAUACGACAAUGUGAUACGUAAAAAUAUCGCUGAUAAUUUGGUAAAAUUGUCUAAUCAUACACGUAUAUUUAAUACUAACGAAGUUUCUAAAUUUUGGGUACCCUGGAUAAGCGACCCAGACAAAAAUGUCCGUGAAAAAUUGGCUUUAUCAAUAGAAGUGAUUAUUAAAAAUAGACUUGCUGCUAAUUUGCCAAAUUAUCAAAAUACGUGUCAAGACGAUUGGCCAGAAGAUCUACGAACGUUUAUUGAAUCAAUUGUUAACCAGUUGGCUUUGACACUUGAUGCGGUUCUUGAUGAAAAAUUAAAUGAGAGUAUUCAUGAGACUUUGCUGAUCACUACAAAGUAUGUUGCACGGAUACCAAUUUACUUUAUUGAAAAACGGUUGUAUUUAAUUUUUGUAAUCAGUAUUAUUCAUCCAAGUUCACAGUACAUUGGGACAUCAACGGCGAGUGUUUGUUACAAAGAGACCGCAGGUUAUUACAAUGUAACGCCAAAAGAAAUUUUUUCAAGACACAGAACAGAAAUGCUGCGUGUGAUUGUGCGGCUUAUAGCAAGAAAUUACUAUGUAAAGUCGCAUAAUUUAUCAUUGACAUUGAAUCGUUUAUCAAAUUGCUUUGGAUUUAUUGGCUCACGUGAGAUAUUUAGAAAAAACGGCAGUCUUAUAAUGUCUAUAUUGAUACCACUGGUUGUUAAAGUACAACCACGUAUUAAUAAUAUAUUACAAGAAAUAACAUUUCUCAUGAGCUCCAAUGAAAGCGAUAUAUAUUGUGAAUAUUUCAGCCAUAUAUUUCCUUACAUUUAUUUAAACGAAGACCUCGAUACUGUUAAUAAAUGUUUGAAAUUGAUUGUUGAAAAAACACAAAAAACACUACAUAAACUUAUUAACAAUCAUUUUUUCGAAAUCUUUCGUGAGUUAUUGUUACAUUUUCAUGACAAACAGAAUAAAGUUAUUUAUUGUUUGGAUGCAAUAACACAGUACGGCGGUGAAGAACAAACCAGUAUGAGAUUUGACAAUAAAGACAAUGUUGCGAAAUAUUUAAACGGACGUCUUCUGGCAAUCUUAGUAUUUUUUGACGGAAAUUUAAAUCCAGAUAAGUCGGAUUUGUAUAUACAACGUAGUGCGCUCGGAUCAUUAGGUGCAUUAAUUCAAUUUAUGGGCGUUAAUUACAUAAAUCAAUUGAAACAUAAAAUACUAGCAAUGCUACGAGCUGCAUUGCGGAAUUUUUCAAAGCAUCCAGAUUUACGAAGAUUAGCGUGUCACGCUUGGGAUGCAUUCAUCCAUAAUAUUGCGCUGAAUGAACUUGGACCACUUUUGCCGACAAUAUGUAUAUCUCUAGUUCCAUUACUUGAAGUCUAUCCCGAACAAAUUAAUAAAAUGCUCGAAUACAUUCUUAUAACCAAUUAUACAUCAGUAUCAAAAGACAUACAGGAAUUAUUUUUUUUCAAUGAUCUUCCAAAUAUCAAGACUGAAAUUUUGAACACAAUAAAACCUAAAAUAAAAAGAAUUUCUCGUGAUUUUGUAAUAAAUUUACAGAUUUGGCAACGACGAAUUCUCCACGACACUGAUGAAGUAAGACUGAAGGCAUUGAUACAUUUGAAGAACUUUCUCCAGCAACACCGUGCUGAAUUGAACGACAUGAUUCUGAAUCACGAUGCAACGAGCCAUGUUCAUCCCGCAAUUGUCAAUUUGCUGGACGCACUAUUAGCUGGAUGUCGACAACAAGAUGUGGCUACAGAAAAUAAUCAGCAGUUUUUACGACAAGAAAUACGUCACUGGUCUGGUGAGUGUCUUGGUGAAUUGGGUGCAAUUGAGCCUAAUCUUCUGCCAAGAAGAAUAAUAUCACGCGGCGAUAGUAAAUUUAUGCCUGAAAUUAAUGCCCAAUUUGCUUGUGCUCUUCUUAAUGAAUUGGUACGUGCAUUUAAUGAACAAAAUACCACAAGAAAUGUUGACUGUUUUUCAUUGGCAAUUCAAGAAAUUUUAAAAAUAUGGGAGAUUAAGCCAAAAGGUGGUGCCAAUAGUGCAUUAUGGGCAUCAUUCCCGGCAUUAACACGGCAAAUAAUAUUCCCAAUGCUCACUUCACAUUACACUGUGUUGUCUUCAACAGACACUAAUAAUAUUAACUAUCCGAUUUAUGGUACUGAGGCGGCGCAAACAUUUGAAUUGUGGGUUUGCAAUUGGGUUUGUCAUAUGAUAUCUUCAUUAAAAAGCGACAAAAAUAACGAUGAUGAAAACUAUGAAAAAAUCAGAUCAAUGCUAAAUGCCUGUUGGCCGGCAUUUAAGCGUGAUCUUGAAACUACAAUCUUUUGUAUACCACAGCUAGUUACAUUGACGGUGAUCCAUGGCAAUGAGAAUGAGUGUGAUGGACUGGUACGUGAAAUAUCGUCCGUAAUUAGCGUAACAAGUGAUCCACUGGACAAUGAUGAGUGCAAACGACAAAAACUUCGUCCAACGAAAAAUUUAUUUGAUGACAUUAAGUAUCUAAAUUCAAACAUAAAUAAUAAUAAUGACAAUGCGUGUAAAUCAAAUGAUCCACAGCGUAUUUCAUCAAAUGAAACAAGGCGUAUACGUUGCUCCCAGGUUAUUUUUUCAACGUUAGAUCAUCUGAGACGUUGGCUACAAGAAAACCGUCGAAUGCAAAAAGCGACACCGAAAUAUCAAGCUGUGGAAAAAUUCAUCAAUCGAUUAGACAAUUUACAAUUAGCUGAAGGGUGCUAUGAAUCUCGCGAGUAUCAUCGUGCUUUAAUGUAUCUUGAACGGCACAUGGCUGUUAAUAAAGACAACGGAUUGUCAUGGACUCAUGAGAUGAAUCUACUAGCCAAAAUUUAUACCCAGCUUGAAGAACCUGAUGGUGUAUUUGGUAUACUAGCUUCUCACGAGCAUUCACCGACAAUCGAACAACUAGUUUUAGCACAUGAAGUAGGAGGAAAAAUGCAAGAUGCUGCUACUUGUUACGAACGGCUUGCUCAGCGUCAUAACUCCGCACCCAAGUAUAUCAAGGGAAUAAUUAAGUGCUACUUAAGUUUAGAGCAACCAUUUACAGCUAUCAAUAUCACUAGCGGUAUCCUCAAUAGUAAACCAGAACUUGAACCGCAUCUUACUGAUUCAGAACCAUUUUGGCGGCUUGCACACUUUGUUUAUCUCAAUGAUGACAGUGACAACAAUACGAUUAAUCGAAGAAACAAUGACUUAGACUGCAGUGAUGACGGAAAAGCUUACAUUAAUCGAACGCUGAUGGUAGAUUUACGGCAAGCGAAGCAGCCAAAUUUGUCAGCGCUGAAACAACGGCUUAUUUCAAUGAUUGGUUUUGCUUCUUCGCAUCAAGACGCUUAUCAGCAGAGUUACUCACACAUUAUGAAACUUCACGUGAUAAAUGAAUUUGAAAAAGCUACACAGCUUAUGAUCAAGGAUAUUAACAGCUUGCCAACUAUUUUUGACGAGUGGGAAAAACGUAGCAGUCUAGUCCGUGCAUCGCGUGGUGUUGAAUUUGUGAUGGGAAUGCGACGAGCUGCUUUGAAUUUAGCACUUACACUCAACAGCAAUGAAGAAUCUGCCCCUAAUCAUAGUAAAUUGACGAAAAGAUUAAAUGAAAGCACUAAAUCAACUUUGAAAGAAGAAAUCGGCAAGAUUUGGCUAAAAAGCGCUAAAAUAGCUCGUAAAGCUGGACUCUAUCAACAAGCUUAUAUGUAUAUUUUAUCAGCAAGCGAUUAUUGUCCACUGCAAGAAUUACACAUCGAAAAAGCGCAGUUAUAUUGGCAAAAAGAUUGUCAAGAAGAUGCAUUUAAUACACUGAAUCGAUCAUUUAAACAGUGUUACAAACCGACUGAGGUUUAUCGACAAUCCGUUGUCAAAGCGUCAAUUUCUGAUAAAGAGGCUCGUGAAAGAAAAAAUUUAGCCAAGGCUAAAUUACUAUUCGCACAGUACAAUGAUCAAACAGUUAAUGUAAGUACUCAAAUAAAUCGACUUUAUUAUCAAGAAGCAGUUGAUGUUUGGAAGUUCUGGGAAAAAAGUUAUUUAGCCCAAGCUCAGUAUUAUGACUCAUUACUGGAAAGAAUGACCGAAGAUGAACGUUUUACCCGUCUUGGACUUGUUUGCUACCAAUUUACAAUAAAUAGUUACGGCAAAGCACUAUCAUUAGGUUGUAAAUAUAUUCAUCAAGCUAUGCCCCGAAUGUUAACUAUUUGGAUGAAUUUCGCGUCUCGCAUUAAUGGUAAUCCUGAAUCGAAAUCUAACCAACCUGAUGAACUGAGAAAAGUUAAUGAAAUAAUAAAUAAAUAUGCUGAGCAUUAUCCUAAAUUUGUAUGGCUUACGGCAUUGAGUCAACUCAUAUCACGUAUUUGCCAUCCAGAAGUUGCAAUACGAACGGUUAUAAACAAAAUUUUGGCUGAUCUAAUCGUAGCUUAUCCUCAGUACUGCUUUUGGAUGAUGGCAUCUGUAAUAAAUUCUUCGUAUCCUGCUCGUGAAAAACGCUGUCUAGAAAUUCUCAGUAAUCCAAAACUUAAUACAUCAGAAUUAAAAAAGUAUCUUGAUGAUUUUAAACGUCUCUGGGCGUGUUUUAUGGAAAUAUCUAAUAAAAGUGUGCCUUUAAAAAUUUCAAAAACGACAAUUAAUAAUUUAUCUAAAAAUUUAGUAUCAUUGCUCGCUUCACCAAAUUUUGGACCUAUAUCAAUGCCAACAAGUUUAUUUUUUCAAUUACGUUUACCAUCUUCAUCAAUUGGACAAUCGAAGCGACCUGUACGGCCAACUAAUAACAGUGAAAUGGCUUACAAUCCAUUUCCGCAGAAUAAUAAUGCCGUUUACAUGCGGUCAGUUGAAGAAAAAGUUGAUGUUCUACAUUCAUUAGCACGACCACGUAAAAUUACACUGAUUGGAUCUGACGGGAAACGUUAUUCAUUCAUGUGUAAGCCUAAAGAUGACUUAAGAAAAGAUUUUCGUCUAAUGGAAUUCAACAGUAUCGUUAAUAAUUACUUACAAAAAGACCCUGAAUCGCGGCAAAGAAGACUAUAUAUAAGGAUGUACAGCGUUAUACCGAUCGACGAAGCGUGCGGUCUUGUUGAAUGGAUAACUAAUUUAGCUGGAUUCCGACCAAUAGUUCAUCAACUAUACAAAGAACAUGGUUACCGAAUGAUGACCACUGAAGACAUGAAGAAAAUUUUAAAGGAAUGUACAGAAGAAUGUUCGUUAGAAAAAAAACGUGAUAUAUUCUUGAAGAAAAUGUUACCCCAGCAUCCACCAAUAUUUGGUGAGUGGUUUCGACUUAAUUUUCCUGAUGCUUAUGGUUGGUAUGAAGCGCGCAAUGCAUACAUCAGAACGACGGCUGUGAUGUCAAUGGUUGGAUACACCCUGGGUCUAGGUGACCGACACGGCGAAAAUAUAUUAUUUGAUUCAAAAUGCGGUGACUGUGUUCACGUUGAUUUCAACUGCUUGUUUAAUCGUGGUGAGAGUUUUGAUGUUCCCGAGUGUGUGCCUUUUAGGCUGACCCACAAUAUGGUUGAUGCUAUGGGACCGUUGAAGUAUGAGGGAUUAUUCAGACGAUCAUGUCAGAUAACAAUGAGAAUUCUCAGACAGCAGACGAGUACAUUGAUGAGUGUUCUUACUCCAUUUGUUUAUGAUCCGUUGGUUUCUUGGGUAAAAAUAACUCAUGGAAAUUCAUCUAAUAAAGAAAGUGAAAGAACUAAUGAAGAGGCAUUAAAAAACAUCCAAGACAUCGAAUUAAGGCUCAAGGGUUUUGUUAGAGUACGCGGAACAAAAAAUAAAGAUUAUAAAGAAAUUGAAACUGCGGCAGUAAGUUUAAGUGUUGAAGGCCAAACUAAUCACGUCAUUUUGGACGCAACAAAUAUUGAUAAUCUUUGUCGAAUGUACAUAGGAUGGAGUCCUUUCAUAUAAUUUUAACUUUUGUCUUUUAUUUAUUUUUAACUGAUUUUUAAUUAUGCUAAUUAACAAAAAUAUUUUAUUCUUGUAAGUUGUUGAAUAUGUUUAAGUUAUUUUUAUGGUUGUUCAGCUAUAGAUCUAAACUCCGAAGGAGCAUGAAGUAUGACAACGAUGUGCUCAAUAUCUGUAUACAUAAUAAACAUAUUAAUUGUUAGUUGUAAUAUUGUUUGUAUUUUAAAUAUAUUUUAUAUACCGUGCUGAAA